AUUCGCUUCAAUCUCAAUCACAGAACUGUUUGAAUUCAGCUGCACUUGCAGUUAACAAAAAGUGUGAAGAUGCAGGCUGUUGCACUUUUGAUGUGUCUCCUAGGCUACACUCUGGCAGCCCCAGCCCCGGGGAGUGACAGUGGUGAGCAAAUUGCAGCCCAUGCCAACACUGCUGUGCAGUUGAUGGAGCUGUAUAGGAUGCUAGGCAGUCAGGGAGUUGGAGCAGCUGUCCCAGCACUACCUGUGGCCCCUGCAGAGGCCCGAAUGGCACCGUUGUUCAGUCAGCCAGCGGCUCCCCUGAACUCUGAUGAAGAGGAGGAAGGGGCUCAGGUUGCUCUCGGUGCUGCCCCCGCGGCCCCCCUGAACUCUGACGAGGCUGAGGAGGCGGAGGGUGCGGAGGGUGCGGAGGCGGAGGGUGCAGAGGCCGAGCCCGCCGCUGAGGCUGGAGCCGAGGCUGAAGCCGAGGCUGCCGCCCCAGACGCUGCCGCCACAGACGCUGCCGCCCCGGCCCCAGCUGAGCCCGCCGUGGUGGAGGUGGACAUCGCCGCAGCUCCCGUCGACGCCGCCGCUGCCCCCGCCGGCCCCGUGGUGGAGGUGGACGUCGCCGCCGGCCCCGUGGCCGUGGAGGUGGACGUGCCCGUUGCCGUGGAUACCGCCGCCGCGGUGGAUGCCGCUGCCGCCGACGCCGUGGCCUUGGCCUCCGCUGCCGUGGUGGCUGUGGACCCCUCCCUCCAGGGAGCCCCGCUGGCUAUUGAGAUCGACACCAACCCGGCCCCAGUGGCAGUCCUGUAGGCGGGGACGCUGCACACCUGGUAUCCUUCUCUGCUCCCACCGGAGACGGCUCGGCCUCAAGCACGGGCUGCAGCUAAGAUGAGAUGA